CGUCGAGCCAUAAGCCUGUGUGGCAUCUGCGUCGACUCCGACGAGGCCGCUGCAUCUGGUCUGUUCCGGCUGUCGCGGUCGUGAGAUCACAGAAGCUGAUGCACGCCGGCCCAGCGCAAGAGCUUAUCCGCCUCACCUGAGUCUCUGAGUUCCUGUUUCCCAACCUCCAUCUACACUGCGCUAGCAGCCACCGGGCGGGCAUUCUAGGCGGGUCUACGCGCGUGUCCUCGGGAAGGAGUGCUGUACCGCCGCCAUGGCGUCCAAGAUGAAAAGUAUCGCGAGACGGCGCUGUUCGAGCAUGCUUUGCCUCCGAGGCUCGUCUAGAACCACAAUGUCGACCGGCGCGACAACGGCGAUCUCGACCAAGAGACGCUCGCUCGGAGACCUCAUGAAGCGACCUGUGGGGGCCGCUGUGGUGGAAUCUCAAGAGCAGGGGGAUCCAUCCAUCUCGUAUCCGUGGAACUUUCAGCACCAAGUGCAUGUGGAUGAGAGUCUCAAUGGCCUGCCGCCGAGCUGGGCCGCCCAACUUGGCGUAAAUGAGAAAGGCGACCUCGGCCGGCGCAGCCCGGCCACUCCUAGCCAGCCCUCUCCCAUUCAUGAGAAGAAACCCAGUCUGUCGGUCGCAACAAAGGCGCCUCCACUACAAGAUGUCGACCCUAACGCAGAUGCCCGAACGGGCAUAUUCUGCUUCGGACCGAGGAAGGCCGCGCACAACAAGGCUCUCGUAGUCGACGUCCCUCCGACUGGGGAAGGAGAUUCAGGCAUAUCUGCACCGUGGGGCUUCAAGCACAAUGUACAUGUGGACGAGAACUUCAGCGGCCUUCCAUCGGGAUGGACAAGACCAGGCGAGUCUCAACGGAUCAACAAGCUGCUGGACAUGUCUCCAGACGCAGAUGAAGCAAUUAGCGUGCCAUGGAACUUCAAGCAUUGCUUCCAUGUGUCUGUUGGCACGGACGGAAUUCCGAUGGGACUUCCAUCGACAUUUCUCAACCGCCUCGGUGAGCUUGGCUUCAGCGAGGGCGAGAUUGCCGCCAUUCGUGCGGCGUCAUAAGCACAGUCUUUUGGCCGGAUGGUCAGGUACCUUCUCGCUUUGUCUUGGAAUCAGAUCUGGGAAUCCCUGUAUCAUUAUAACUUAUCUGCAUCCGUAGUACUACUGACAACAGUAUUCAGCGGUCUCUCAUCUCGUAUGCCAUGUAUCCCAUCCAGUCUUGCUGAUCGUCCGUUUGCAAAUGCAUAGCCAGGGAAUCUUGUCUGAUUGGUCGUCACAUGUGGAUGGUGUUUCGUAGACGCGUCUCUAGCGCGCCUUUCUUGACCGG